AUGUCUUCUUCAUCAGCUCCUGGCACAAAUUUCACAGUUACUGAGGGCAACCUGACCGGACCUGGAGUUAAUCUGGGCAUGCUUUCUUUGACUGCUGUUAUAUGCAAUCUGGUUGUUAUUUUACUCGGCAUCAUCACCUGCUCCAUUAAUACGCUAAUGAUUCACAUAUUCAACAAACAUCAAAUCUUCAGGUUCAACCCUCGCUACAUCCUUUUCAUCCACUUGGUGCUAAACGAAACACUCCAGUUGAUACUCAGCAUUUCCCUCUACCUCUUUGCCAAUUCCUACUUCACCAUCUAUGUCUCCCUGUGCAUGCUCAUCCUCCUGCCGGCUAUUCUCACCACCAGAAACACUCCGGUGAAUCUGGCCUGCAUGGCAGCAGAAUGUUACAUCUCCGUCUGCAUCCCCCUCCGCCAUGGAAACAUAUGUACAGUUAAGAAAACCUACAUUGCCAUUGGCAUUAUGUGGGUGAUAAGCUUGCUUACUAUUCUGCCUGAUAUCUUUAUUCUUUUCAUUACUGAAGAGCUGCAUUUUUUGAAAACAAGAGUUUUCUGUGACAGGGACAGAGUGUUCAGAAGCAGCGACAGUAAAAAUAAGAGAGAUGCGUCCCAUAUAUUUUUUCUGGUGGUUGUUUGUCUCAUUCUGUUCUACACUUAUUUCAGAGUUUUGUUUGUGGCAAAAGCUGCAAAUUCUGAUGCUAAAAAAGCAAGAAACACUAUUCUGCUUCAUGGUUUUCAGAUGUUGAUGUGCAUGACGCUGUAUAUGCAAACUUUACUGAAGCAGCUCCUUAUAUACUUGUUUCCUGGGCAGAGAAUUCCCAUACAGCAUACUAUUUUUAUAUUAAUCCAGAUCAUUCCUCGCUGUCUAAGUCCCGUUGUUUAUGGGAUACGAGACAAAACUUUCAGAAUGUACUUUAAGAAGUAUUUUAUAUGUUUGCAAGUAAAAGCAAUAAGGGUACAAACCUAA